AGCUGAUAAAACAACAUUUCACCAAACCACGGUCAAAAGGUUGUGUGGAUCGUCAAAAUGGCGUACCCCAGAACCCACAACCCAUUUGCAGAUGAUGAGGAGGAGCAGCAGCAGCGCCGGUCAAGUGGUGGAUUUGACGACCCCCAAGAGGGAAUGAGUGAGGCAGAGAGCAAGCAGAGAUGCCUCGAACAGGAAGUGAUGCGUGCGGCCAAGUCGGCGGUGGUAAGCAGCCACCGCUCCCUGGGGCUCAUCUAUGAGUCGGAGAAGAUAGGCGCUGAGACUGCAGAGGAGCUGAUGCGUCAGGGGGAGGCUCUGAAGAGGACCGAGAGGAUGGUGGAUAACAUGGGCCAAGACCUAAAAACCAGCCAGAAACAUAUCAACAGCAUUAAGAGUGUGUGGGGAGGCCUUGUCACUUACUUUAAGGCCAAGCCUGAGACCACCAAGCCCCUGCCAGAAGAGCCUGUUGCCUACCAAGCCAGCAGCAAAUUGCAGAAUGCCAUGUCUCACAGUAAGGAGCAUGAAGACAAGUACCAGGCCAGUCACCCCAACCUGAGGAAGUUGGACAUUGGAGGGUUUGACGCAUUUGCAUCAGAUGAUGACAGCUCAUCCAGUCAAAAUGGCUACCCUGCAAACAGACACCUUAGAGCUGCCCACCAGACACUGGACAACAACUUGGAUGAGAUGUCCCUGGGCUUGGGAAGGCUAAAGAACCUAGGACUGGGCCUCCAGUCUGAAAUUGAGAAUCAGGACACUUCUCUGGACAAUCUGCUGGGCAAAGUGGACAAGCUGGACCUCAAGAUCAACAACACCAACCAGCAGAUCAAAAACCUCAAAUAAUAAGUCCCAAACAUUCUGACUCACCUGUCAACUCAACUCCCCUUACCUGGGUUUUGCUACACAGCAGCUCUCUGUGCACCAAGAUGUCUUAUUCCUCUAUGAUAGAGUACCAAUGUUAUUGAUACUCCUAAUGAAUGAUAUUCAGUUCCUCAACCAGCUCCACAUAAAUGCAUAGACCACCCUGUUCUUGACGAUUUAUGAUUUGUUAGAAAGGAAGGAUCUCUGAGUAGGACCUGUGUAGUGGGUUUAAAGGGUAGUUGAGAUAAGUGUUAAUGGUCUGUUAUUGUUGCCCUGAGUUUGCAUCAUGGUAAAUUGCAUUUUAAUUCAGUUUGGUAAAUUUAAUUAGAUUUCAACUCCGUGAGGGAUCCUCUUUUAGUACAAAGGGCCACUUGCAUUCAUAAAUUGAAUUUAAGAGUCUGACUUCACUGAAUUCAAAUGCUAUUGGCCCCAACCUAGAUCGCUGUGUCCAGAAGCCAGAAAAAUAAAUUGAGUGUGGUGCUUGUUUGAAACUGU